CAAUCUAGCUCUCCAUAUAUAUAUAUAUAUAUAUAUCCUAUUUUUCUUUUGUCUUCAUCUUUUCAAUUCAUUGGCCCUCUACAUUUGUGGUGACAUGGAUUAAGUCCAAAUUUCUUUGUACAUUUUUUUUUUCUUCUUGAGACAUUCCAGGAAAAUUCCCCAUGACAUUAAUUGAUUUGCUACAUGUCUUUCAUUCUCUUUAUCAAAAUGUUUCAUUCUUUUCCAUUAUAAAUCUCCUCCACUUCCCCACAAAGAAUUGAGACAAAGACUUAGAAGAAGAAAUGAGAGAUAUGGGCACCUAUGAGGACAGGAAAUCAGGAUGUGGCAUAUUCAAUGCAGUUUUUGGACGUCUCAGAAGGACAACCUCUACUGGUUCAAUUCCGACACGCAACACAAAUAGUAUCAUUAGAGUACCGAGCACACCCAACGCCAGGAGGCGGCGUGGUGGCUUGGAUGACACCUCCUUCUGUAACUUAUCUAAUGUUUCAUCAGAGCCAUCACUGAAACAAGUUGACAGGGUCAUUGCCAGGCCCGGGCCAAACCAUCGUAGGGUCCCACCGUCAUAUCAUCAUCCCAGACAAGGUGGUAUAAAAACUACUAAUGAAACAAGUACAACAAAAACUGCAGCUGCCCAAGGUUAUGUCCAAGGGAGAAAGGUACCGCAGGGUACCACUGGCAUCUCUGGCGAGCUCGAAAGCAUGAUAACUGAUCACCAGCGAUCCAAGGGAGCAAGUACUUUUGUACGAGCUUCGUCAGGCAAUGUAAUGUUGUUUGGCCAUUUGGGUAACUUGCGACAACCUGGUGGCGGUAGCGGUGGUUAUUCAAAUUCCAAUGAUGUUCUUAAUUACCUACCCAAAACAACAAACAAGGAGUCCUCAAUGCCGAAUGGGAAGUACCCAAAUUCUAUAAUGGGGAAUGUAGUGAAGAAACACAAUGAAGAGAGUGAACAACCAAGUUCCCUAUGCAGGGCUCUGUCGACUAAGAUGGAUCCGGAGCAAUUGAAUAUAAUGGGGAAUGAAGAUUACAAUAAUGAAAGGUUUGCAGAGGCUCUGGCACUUUAUGAUGCUGCUAUAUCUAUUGACCCAAAUAAGGCUUCAUAUAGGAGUAACAAAAGUGCAACACUGACAGCCUUAGGUAGGCUUCUUGAGGCAGUUUUUGAGUGUAGAGAAGCCAUUCGGAUCGAACCACAUUAUCAAAGAGCUCAUAAUCGUUUGGCAACUCUAUAUCUCAGAUUAGGAGAAGCAGAAAAGGCAUUGUAUCAUUCUAAACUAGCUGGUUCUGAAUCUGAACCUAAUGUCAUCACCAAAGCUAAAAAUCUCCAAGUUCAUCUAAGUAAGUGUACAGAAGCAAAGAAACAACGAGAUUGGAACACACUACUCAAACAAAUUGGGCUUGCCACAUCAGCGGGGGGCGCUGAUUCUGCACCACAGAUUUUUGCUUUGCAAGCUGAGGCCUUGUUGAAGCUCCAACGGCACCAAGACGCCAAUGAAGCAUUGACAAAGGGACCAAAGUUUGACACGGAGGAUUGCACGAAAUUCUUUGGUCCUAUUGCUAAUGCUGGUCUAUUGCUGAUACGGGCUCAAGUUGACAUGGUUGCCGGCAGAUUCGACGAUGCUGUGACAGUGGCACAACAAGCAGCUCAACUUGAUUCAAAUAACAAAGAAGUGAACAUGGUUGUUAGGAGGACACGAGCAACAGCAGGGGCUCGAUCAAAGGGAAACGAGCUCUUCAGGUUACAAAGAUACUCAGAGGCUUGUGUUGCAUAUGGGGAGGGGCUUGACCAUGACCCCUACAACUCGGUCCUGUUGUGCAACCGAGCCACUUGUAGGUCUAAACUCGGUCAAUUCGAGAAAGCAAUUGAGGACUGCACUGCUGCCCUUAAUGUGCGCCCCUCUUAUAGGAAAGCCAGAUUAAGAAGAGCUGAGUGCAAUGCCAAGGUAACUAUUUAGUGGGCGCUAUGUCAUUGAGAUCAGAUCUUUUAUUUGAAUCUCUCAUGUCCCCAUAUCCCAAAUCACCUCUC